AUGGGCCGCGCGAUAUUUACUGGCUUUCUGCUAUGUGUGGGGAAGGAUAUCAAUUUGCUUUCUGUGUGGACAAAAUUCCUUGAGUGGGAUCCAGGGAGCCUUAACACAAAAGCUUUUGGAAAAGGGGAAAUCAGGAGAAGCGUUCCCCUCCGUGGUGUAGUAAGAGCGCGCACGGGCGAUGUACCCUCCUCUUUCUCAACCUACUUAGGCGACGAUUUAUUUGGGGGCCUCAUUCUUCUUGGGGGCCAUUUGCCAGGUCUCCAGCCUAUCCAAGCAUUGCACACAUACACAGACACAACCCAACCCACCAUUGACACUAGCACUGCAUAUCACACAGCCAGCGGCUAUGUACAAUGCUACCCGCUUGGUCAAGGCAUGGAAAUGAAAUCACAAACCAAGGCGCCUCGCUGGGUUUGCCGCCCUGGGUGGAACCAAGAAAAGGCCACAACGCCAAGCCUGCACACCCGAUCAAACUGGCGCGGGAAACAAUCUUGA